CGUUCUCGCUGUGUAUUGUGGGUAGUACGUCUCGUCGUUGGUUUCCUUUUCUACAGAUUUGAGCUGUUUAUAUUCGUCUUUUGACAAAAUGAUGGCAGCAGAUGUUGAAGAUUUCAUCAAACAGAACCGAGAAAUUGCUGAUUUUGUGGAGACGUUUAAGACUUUGUCCGAAAGCGAAAAACAUUGGCAGUCGAGAAAGGAGUUUAUUCUUAGGAACUUUACAGAAUUUGAAGAAGCGCACAUAGACAAUCUCCUGUCACUGUCUAUGGUCUGGGCAAACCACGUCUUCAUGGGCUGCCGGUACAGCCCAGAUCUAAUGGAAAAAGUGAAACUGAUGGCAGAAGGCAUUGAUGUACAUGAUGCACCAGUAUUUAAGACAAGGGAUGAAAUAAUGAAACAGCAACGCUGAAGCCCGACAAGACUCAAGAGCGGCAAGACUGAACAGCUGUACAGCCCAUAUUUUUAAAGGAAUUUUUUGUACGACUUUUUUAAACAUAUGUACAUAUGUUUUUCUAUUUUAACAAAUGGGUUAGUAAACAGAUGCUGCCCACCAUUUUGCCAUUUUUAGCAUUUGUAUUUGUAUAUUGAUGUCGGUUCAAUCAGUAGCUGAUGUUAAAGCUUGUCAAAUGAUCAAAUACAUAGAGCUCCAUAUGCUGUAGUUAAAUUAUUCCUGAUGAUACAGAUUUUGGUAUUUACAUUUUAAAAUGUCAUUUUAUUACUUUUACUGUUUAUUGCAUAUUUUUAAUGACGCAAUCAAGUGUGCUGUAGAUUUGUUUGGAAUACUUGUUCAUUUCAUUGUGUUUCAAAAAUCAA